AAGUCUCAGUCUUCAAUCAAAGAAGGCAGCCGAGGCUCGGCUGCAUCCGAAGCUGUGCUCGUGCCCGAAUCGCUGCUCGAAGCCGAAGUCAAAACUCCCACCAUCGUUGGUCCCUUGUAUUUAUCCUGGACUCCCGAGGAGGUGGCUGAAUGGAUCGGCGACCUGGGCUUUCCUCAGUACAAGAGUGUUUUACUACAAAUUUUAUCUCAGGACGGAAACUCAUAUAUGUAACGUGUUCAAAUCUACCACAGAUUGGAAUUACUGACUUUGAACAUAUGAAGGAAAUUUCAAAGCAUGUACGAGAACUGCUGCAAAUUGAAGAUCCACUUUUUGAAAGAAGUAUCUCUCUACCACCUCGAGAUAACGUUGGAUUGUUCUUAGAACAAAAGUCUCGAACUGGAAAACGCAGUGAUGCUCUUAGUUAUUCUCAGUUUGUUCAAGAAGCAAGAUUACAAGAUUAUGAACCAAAGCCUCCAACUCCAGAAUAUGUAUGCGAACCCCAGCCUUCAACGCCACCAUAUGAAGAACUACAGCAAACCAGUUCAUUUUUCUCAAAAUAAGAGAGUAUUCGUUGUUCUUAUGUUUCAGAUAUUACAUUGUAAUAUUUUUCUGUAUUUCUAUUUCAGUUUUCACAGGGAACAAAAUUGUAUAUGGAUGCAGUUUAACCAGUAUCCUAAUCCUAAACUUGAUAAAUAGGAUAUCAUGGAGGAAGUGCUUCCUGAUGCAAAACAGAACUUUUUCCACAUCACUAAUGCAAAAUAAAGCCAUAUAUGAACACA